AUGAAUGCGCAGCUGUUAAGGGAGAUGCAGAUUCACACCACCAGGCCCGUUACUACUGCCACCACCACCGCUACUGCUGCAGUCCCCACCAAUACUGCUGCCACUCCUCCUCCUCCUGCUGCUGCUGCUGCUGCUGCUGCUGCUGCUGGUAGUGCUGCUGGUUUGGAUGCAGCAGCGAUAGCUGAAGCCAUUAUGCGGCAACGAGGGAUGGCAACAGUGGCUCAGCGCUUUGCACACCCUGAGUCCGCGGCUCUAACCACAGAACCUCACCCACUCCCCCAAUCCCGUCCUAACUCGCUGGCCCGAGCAGCAGCAGCAGCAAGCAUAGCCCUCCCCAACUUCUCCCUUCUCUCCUCAAUCAUGGCUGCCGCAGCCGCAUCCACAGCAACAGAAGAACCGCCUUUCCACGGGCUCUCUCGGGCGCACACAGCCCCCCCUCUUCGCAGCAACUUGGCCACACCAUCGCCCUUUUCCCCCGGCUCUUCCCCUACCUAUGGAGCAGGCCUCUUCCCUGCCUCCUCCAGCGUGCCUGGGGCCAGGCAUGGUAAUCGCGCCGGUCCCGAGCCUGCAGGUUCGGUGAGUCUUGCAGGAUAUCCAGCAAGUCGGCCCAGCCCAUCUGUUGCCGGGGCGGGAGCAGCUUCGGCCGGAGCAGGCGCAGGUGCUGAAGCCCGAUCAGGUUCGGCCGGAGCAGCAGCGGCCGGAGCAGGUUCGGUGGGAGCAGCGGCAGGAGGAGUGGUUUCCAUGGGCGGCAACCACAGCGGCAACAACAACAGCAACAAUGACGGAAUCGGCAUGACUGUGGAGAGUCUGCCUGUGCUGCGAGUGUCAUCAGACAGCAGUCGCAUGGUGGUGCCCCGCAGUGCGUGGGCCCAGGGACUGGUGGUUGACCAUAUGCUGGGCCGCGGACCCAUGGCUGCUGCUCCGUCCAUCCAUGAUGCAGCUGCUGCAACUCCUUCACUCUAUGAUGCUGCUGCCGCUGCCAACGCUGCCGCUGCCACCGCCGCUGCCACUGCUGCUCCUGCUGCUCCUCCUGCUCCUCCUGCUCCUGCUGCUGCUGCUCCUGCUGCUGCGCCAAUAUCUCAUCCUGCCGCCGCUCCAUGCCCCCUCGACACACUGCGACUCUCCACCCACCAAGUCUUCCCACCCGCUCUCCUCGCACACAUGCACCUCCUCGCCUUGCAGACAGGCCAACACAUGGACCUUCGUGCCUUGCAGACAGACCAACACAUGCACCUUCGUGCCUUGCAGACAGGCCAACACAUGCAUCUUCGCACCUUGCAGGCAGGGCAACACACGCUCCUCCCCCAAGGAUUCUCCCCUUUCCUUGACGCUUCUGCUUUGGGUUUGCUUGGGCCAAGCACAGCUGCGCUACAGCCAGUGGGAGCUGGCACUGUAGGCGAAAUGGCAGCCGCUACAGCCGGUCCUUUUUCGGCUGCUGUUUGGGCCACCAUCAGGCCAAGCACAGUUGCGCUACAGCCGGCAGGAGCUUGCACUGCGGGAGAAAUGGCACCCGCUACAGCCGGUCCUUUUUCGGCUGCUGCUUGGGCUGGGCUUGACAGACAAGCAGCUGCGCUACAGCCAGCAGGAUCUGGUACAGGUGGAGAAGUGGCUGGCGGGGGAAUAGCAGCCGCUGCAGCCUCGCCUUUUUCGGCUGCUGCUUGGGCUGGGCUUGAGAGUCAAGCAGCUGCGCUACAGCCGGCCGGAGCUGGUACAGAGGGAGAAACGGCAGGCAGGGGAGCGGCAGCUGCUACAGCCACUCCUUUCCCUAGUGGGGCUGACACACCCACGCUACAAGGGAGGAGCAGUGAGGUCACAAAUUUUGGGCCAGGCGCGCUCACGCUACAAGGGAGGAGCAGUGAGGUCACAAUUUUUGGGCCAGGCGCGCUCACUCAACAAGGCAAUAGCAGCCAAGGCGUGGAGGCAGAGCGAGGUUCCGAGGGUGAGGAUGGGGGGGACAAGGAAGGUGACAGGGAGGAGCAAGAGGGGGUAUACAUUUUCGGGCAGUUGAUAUCCCCCCGAACGCAAUAA